AUGAACAAUUCCUCAACAAUAGACAUCGAAACAUGGUUUAUUCCUCAUGACAUCAUUAUGAUCAUUAUCCUCUCUUUCGCUAUCCUACUUGGUAUCUUCUUUUUACUUAUCAUUAUUCUUGAUCAAACAUCUCACACCCUACCAAUGAUAUUAACAGCUAAUUCAUGUUUAACACAAAUCUGUUUCGCAAUUGUUCUACUUCUCAUGACAAUCUUCAUGUUAGAAAAUGAUUUAAAGCAACGCUAUUAUUACGAUCUCUAUUGCAUCAUUCGUGGUUACUUAAGUUAUGCCACAUGCACAGCAAUGAAUUAUUCUUUUCUAUUACAAGCGAUCUAUCGAUAUAUUUUAGUUAUUUACCCACUUAACGUAUGCUGGCAAUCGAUCAAAAUUCAACUAUUACUCAUUGCUGCGACAUGGCUGUUUUCGUAUCUCUAUCCACUAGCAUUUGUCUUCACGAACGAUAUUACGUAUAAUGUGAAUAAUCAGUUGUGUCAAAUUCCAUUGCGUCUUUCGUUUCCGCUUCUUUUCGUCAUUUCGAACGGUUAUCUUGGUCCUGUAUUGAUAAUUCAAUUGAUCUAUUUGAAAUUGGUUCGACAUGUGAAACAAAUUAGUAGAAACGUCAUUACAACAAGAAAUAAUCUACCUCGUUUACGAAGGGAAUUGAAAAUGGUACGUCGAAUAGUAACAAUAACGACGAUCUUAGUUGUACUUGGUCUACCCUAUACAUCUUUUCUAUUUAUAUCGUUUUUUACCGAACCAGUAAAGUAUUACUAUCGAAUAUCGGCGAUCUUCACGAAUCCAUCGCUGAUAUUCAUCAUGAUUGCGCUAUUUCAAUUUACGGAAUCGUUGAAAUUGUUCAUAUUGCGAAAAAUGAACAUACGAACAGAAACAGUUAUACCAACUAUAGAAUUGAGAUAA